AUGUCCAUGGGCGGUGGUAAUCACUUCCCAUCAGCAUUGCUGUGCAGCGGUGCUCAUGUCGAUUCACUGUGGACUUGUUCAUUGGAUCAAGACUGCACAAGUCUGUCUGGUAGUAUAUGUAACUCUGGCGCUUGUGAGUGUCGUCCUGGACAGCAGGCGGUUAGGGGGGGCAGGGAAUGUGUUGACAUAUCACCGUACAUCGAGUCCCCGUGCGUAGAAGAUCACCAGUGUGCCAGACUGUUUAGUGGGUAUCACUGUCUGUCUAGUGGCGGUAACAACACCGCAGGAAUUUGCUUCUGUCAAGAAGGAUAUCAUUACUUCCACGGUAGAUGUUGGAAAUCUCUCGAGUUCGGAGACUCGUGUACCAGAUCUGAGGAGUGCUUGGGUAUCAUCCGUGACCCAUUCAGCUUGACUUGCAAUGGUGUCUGUCAAUGUGCAGAGGGCUACAUUGAGAGACAAAGAGGAGAAUGUAGGAGGGUAACUCUCGCUACUCAAAUGAAUACCGACACAGAGUUUGCAGACAAAAUUCAUACGUCAAUCAAAAUGGCGGCAAAUAACAACAAAAUGGCGGCUCAACGAACUAUAUGCGACUCGAGCGUUCCAUGUCCGAGCCCGUUUGAAUGCUCCGCGUUCGGCGUCUGUGUUUGUCCGUCUGGUUACUACGAAAGUACUAAUGGCCAAAUAUGUUAUGCGGAUCUCGGAUCGCCGUCCACCGCCGAGCAAUGCGUCGGUCUGCUGGCAGAGGUUAUAGACGGAGUUUGUUCUUGCCGCCCCAAUUUCUUUUACGACCAUAACAUGCGAGAUUGUAUAAGAGUUACCAGACGUAUACAAGACUCCUGUGUCAGUGACGUUCACUGCCAUACCUUCGGAACGCCCGCUCGUUGCGGCCCCCCAAAAGAUCCCUGGGGGAUACGGAAUUGCGAAUGUAUCCCUGAAACCUCUGUGUGGGAUGAGAACAGACAGAUUUGCAGAUUAUUUGCCGGUAUUGGCGAGGCGUGUGAAGUAGACAGCGAUUGUUUGGCCGGAACGCUGGAAAUAAGAUGUGUCCUUAACGAUGAAGGCGCAGGAUUCUGCGCUUGCCCUGAAGACUUAAACGAAGUGGAUGGAUUAUGUCUCUCAAGUGGUCUAGAACUCGGAGAUCCCUGUCAGAGUACACUAGAAUGCACAGCCACAAACAACACAAUCUGCAACGGCGUCUGUUCCUGUGCUGAAGGAUAUCAAGCGGUUGACGAUUUUUGUGCUCCGAUUAUCGGCGGUUCCUGCACCCUGGACUCAGACUGUCUGAUCGAGAACACAAUCUGCGUCAACACGACGACUGGCAACAUUUGUCAAUGCAUUGAAACUUUCGUCGAAUACAAUGACAUUUGCUGGCCUGGAAUACCUGGAUUCAAUUCAAGCUGUUCCGUGACCGCACAGUGUGCAGCUGUGCUCGGGGUGGGCAGUAUAUGUGCGGAUAACAAAUGCACCUGCAUAGAGAACUACCAUCACAGAGAUGGUGGAUGCUGGCCUAUUACUGGUCUGUUUGAACGUUGUGAGCGAAGCAGUCAGUGCUACUUAGAAGGUUCAAACGACAAAAUCGUGUGUCGGAACAGCUUUUGCGAGUGUGAUUUCAAAUAUCCAUAUUCACCGGAACUCGGCACGUGCUUGCCCUCAAAAGCGAGUGCUGUCAGCGCCUGCGCAGUUCUAAUUCUGACAGCCAUAUCAAUGAUAAUUAGAUAAAAUUUUAUGCUUAAAUUAAUUAUGUACAGUUAUUUUUUAAUCUUAUAUCAAC